UAACGUCAAACUCUGCUGCUGCCAGUUGCCUGCGCCAACCAGCCACGGAUCACAGAUUCAGCCAGCCAGCCAGCCAGCGAGCCAGCAUUCAGUCAACCAUCUCGAAGCCAGAACCAAUCAGUCAGCCACUCGAACAAUCGCCGAACAGCGACAGGUCGCAACGUGUGUCCCAGUGCCCAGAGUAGACCCUCACCUAGCGGUGAUUCGCACAGACAGUCGGUCAAGUGUCUCUCUCGCAGCUAAUUGUCAUCAUUUGUUAAUGAUUUUUGAACCCGGAUCGUGAUUGUUAUACACGCGGCACCCACCGGCUGCUGAUUUGUCUCAUUUUAGUGCCGAGUGAAAUUAUACGAUUGCGUUUUUCUUGUGAUUUUUGUUUUGUUUGUUCGGUGACUGCUACCGGCUCCAACCACUCAGUGCGUAUGAUUAAUAUAUUCAAUGAAAAAACUGUCCAACGAAGCGUGAAAAAAGCAAGCGGGAAAAUAAGCAAAAACAGCAAACGUGUAAACUGAGCGGCACAAGAUAAGCCCACAGCCAUAAGAACCACAAACCAAGAUCCAAAACCAAAAUCAAAAACCAAAAUCCAAAACCAAAUCCAAAACCAAAACCAGAGGUAACCAGAGGCAAGCCAACCAACCAAAUAAGCUGCUGGCCAAAACGAACGAACGAUACUUUGAUCGUCAGAAAGGCUAGAACUUUCGGCAGCCACAAAUCCAUAUAAACUACCGGAUAUCGCCAGAGCGGCAAAAGGGUCUAAAAAUCGCGGCCACCAAAUGCAAGAUGGUUCCGGACCAACCAGUAAAAAUGCAGUCUGGGCCGCCGUUACCUUUGCAAAAAAAUACUAUAGCCGGACAGACUGCGGACAGUUUUGCCAGUGUUCCGUCCACUCACUCGUACGGCGGCAUCCCGACUUCGUCCGGCACCAGUUACGUUUCUAUUGGAAUCUUACCAGGAUUGGGCAGCAUACCAACCGCCACGAGCGGGGCGCUGCCAUUGUUGCUGCCUACAACGACUCCUUCAACCACAACCUUCAAGACGACCCCCUUGCUGCCGAUGCCGUCGUUGGAAGAUAUCGAGGUGGCCAACCAAAUCCAGACUCAGAUUCAGACUCAGACGCAGAGCCAGGGCCAAUCACUAGUACAGCAGCAGCAACAGCAGCAACAGCAACAGCAGCAACAGCAUCAUCAACAGCAACAGCAGCAUCAUCAGCAGCAGCAACAGCAUCCACAUCAGCAGGAGCAGCAGCCGCCCCCGGGAAUCCUUAAAUACCCAAAUCCCCUUCCACCACCCAGCGUCAACUAUAUCGGAGAGCUAAUGCCACUCCCACUCCCACUCCCACCCACCAGCACCCCCACCCCCACCACCACAUCGAUGAGCAGCGGCAACUGUGGCACGCUCAAGAGUACCGCCAAGCUGCUACCCCUCCAAUUGAUUGCCACCGCCGGACCACCGCCAAACCAUCCACCAUCGAUGUCGCUGCCCCCGGCCUCAGCAGCAGCCUCGAUUCAGGCGCAGGCUCAGGCCCAAGCCCAGGCGCAACAACAGCAACGCCAGCGUAGGCGACACGGGUGGUGCGGCUGCUUUGGAUCGGGCCACAACACCAGACCAGUCGAGAAGACAACACCGCCGCCGCCGGGCUAUGCCACCAAAUCGAAGAAACGCAAACCGAAAACGCAGACAGUCUGGUCGGCGCUGCUCACCAAUCUGGGCAUAUGCAUGCUCCUGCUGGCCUACACGUUGUUGGGCUCCUUCAUAUUUCUAACCAUCGAGAACGAGGACUCGGCACUGCUGCAUCAGCAGCACACAUUGGCCAGCACCAAGCGUAAUCUGGCGGGUAUUGGGAUUGGUAGUGCCAUAGGGAAUGGCAUUUAUCAGCAGCAGCAGCAGCAGCAGCAGCAGUCGCCACACCAGUCGCAAAGGUCGCCGCAAAUGCACCAGCAGCAGCAGCAGCAGAAACAGAAGCAGAAACAGCAGCAGCAGCAACAGCAGCAGGCAGGACAACGACAUCAUCAUCGGGCAGGACAACACACUGUGGACAAUGACACGGUGGCCGCAGCAGUGGCCGCCGCCCAGGGAAUGCUGGGCACAGGCAAUGCUGGCGGCACUGGCACCUCCUCCUAUGGAAUGGCCAACCCACAGGGCGCAUCAUCGAAUGAGUUUGUUUAUGGCGGCGUGGAUGUGGCAGACGAGGCAGAAAUUCAGGAGAUUGCUGCUGCUGCUGAAAUGCCGCAGUUUGGACUGGGACUCGGACUGGGAAUAUCGCCGGAUACUUAUGAUGUGAGGCAGCGGACCAUUGAGAAUAUCUGGGACAUAACCGUAUCGCUCAACAUACUCUACAAGGAGAAUUGGACAAAAUUGGCAGCACUGGAAAUAGCCAAGUUUCAGGACCAAUUAAUCAAGAGACUGAACGAGGAUGUUAUGCUGCAAUUAUCACACGAGGAUGUGGCCAACGCAGGCGGCGGCGGUGCCUCCGGCAGUGGCAGUGGCAGCGGCAACAAUCCAGCCACGGAAGCCGUUCUACUUCACACCCACUUUUAUCAUCAUCGUGCCGCAGGCGGAGGCGUGGUGCCCGGCGGCACUGGAGGCCCUCCGCAUGAGUGGAAUUUUGCCAAAGCGUUUUUGUAUUCGCUGACCGUUUUGACCACAAUUGGUUAUGGAAACAUUGCGCCGCGCACUACUCUGGGCAGGAUCGUGACUCUGGUUUACGCACUCUUCGGCAUUCCCCUGACUCUCGUGUAUUUGAGCAGCACCGGCAGCAUCCUGGCCAAGAUCGCCCGGGAGGUGUUCUCGAAGGCGCUGUGCUGUUGCCUGUGCUCGAACUGCGGGUACUGUUGCUACGAUGAGAAGCGGAUGGCGGAGAAGGAGCGACGCAUGCGCCGGAAGCGGCAGCAGGAGGAGCUGCGCAAGCAGCAGGCGGCAAUGCAGGAACCAUACUACGUCCGGGAUGUCUACCACACCACACCCGAAAAGCAGGCGGUGGCAGACGGCGCCGCUGGCGCUAUGCCACCGGUGGCAACGGUGGCCUCCGUCUCCAACUCCUCGGGCGGAUUGUCGGGCAUCAGUGUGGCUGGUGGCGGUCCAUGUGGUCCACCCACAUCCCUGCCGAAUGAUAUUGAUUCGCUGAGUGCCAGCGAGUCGCGCGGCUCCAUGCACGGCCUGAGCAUCAUGGCCCCCAUACUCCUCUGCUUCUCGAUGAUGAUCAUCUACAUUGUGUUUGGUGCCGCGGUGCUGUACCGCCUCGAGAAUUGGCCCAUUGUCGAUGGCAUAUACUUCUGCUUCAUGAGCCUCUCGACCAUCGGAUUCGGGGACAUGCUGCCGGGCCUGCGACGCGAGUCGAACACCACCACCUGGUUCUGUUCGGUGUACAUCAUGUCCGGCAUGACCCUCACGGCCAUGUGCUUCAACGUCAUCCACGAGGAGAUUGUCCAUCGCAUACGCAUUGUUGUUGACUUCAAGAAAAACGAUUUGGCUAACUCUGGCACCGGCCUGCCGCCAGGCGGACCCGUAAUUGUCACUGGUGGUGGCGCUGGCACUGCCACUGGCGCUGGUGGCUCCAUGAUGGACCUGGGACCCGAUGACUCUGGACAGUACUAUGUGCCGGCCUCCUCCUGACAUUACGAGAGGCGUGCGCAUCUCUAUCAGCGCAAUCCCACCGAAGAGACCCUGGUAACAGACACACCCACAUCGCUAGUGCUGAAGGACUAUGUUAAUCACGAGCUGGUACCCAUUCUGACCAUGGACCCGAACGGGGCACCACGAUUGGCC